GCCACUUGGACCACCGAUUAAACAUGUCAUGCAAAGAAGACGGGUUUAUUAUAUUCUCUUUCUGUUCUUUCUCUGUCUUUUCCCCCCUUCUUCCAACUACGCGCGAUGCAAGCUGGCCUCGCACGCGUCCAUUCUCUAGCCACGGUUGAAUCCGUGUCGGGAUCAGCAUCACCGCCCACGGCGCAAGACGACACGACCCCUGCUCCGGAAGCAGCUGCGACGACAACAAUGACAACGUCUGGUGCCGGUGCCGACGCUAAGAAACGCAAGGCGGAGGACGAAAACGAUGAGGCGCCCGCGCGGAAGCGCGAGAGGGUGUACACCGCAGCGUGCUACAUAUGCCACGGAGGGUACAAGGACCGCAAGACGCGCAACAAGCACGUCGGCAACGCGCGCUGCAUCCAGCGCGCGAUCGCGGCGCGGCUGAUCGACCGGCCCGUCGCGCAGCACGAGCUCGCGCGCAUGAGGGAGUGGUACUGGGCGAACCCGUUCCGCGAGCUGUACGGGUCGCGGUGCAGCAUCGUGCCCGAGUUUCGUGUGCAGGCUGCGCUCAAGGACGCCGGCGCGGUGGCUGGGGGGGCCGCUGGUCCUGCCGGCACGCAUUCCGUGUCUGUGUCCGUGUCCGUCGUGGACCUGGACGGGGACAGGACGACUGGCUCGCCGAGUAGCUCGGAUGCGUCCCCGGUGGCAUCGGCUGGCUCCCCGCGCACGCCGCCGCCUCGACACGGCGCUGAUUAUCUGUGGAACGUGUAUGUCCCCUCUGGUGAAGAAGGGAAGACCGAGCGGGGGAGUUUCCGGCUCACGGAGGACCAUCAUCGCGCUUUGUCUGUUCCAGCACCGCUUCGGACACCCGAUCGGGCACAGGCGCUGCCACUGCCUGCCGCUGGUAUUCCCAGGCAAACGACUUCGGCGGUGCAUGAGAGACCCACGGCCCGCAGCGUAGCGCGUAGUUCUGCUGCUCAAGCUGCCUCCGGUCCGCUCGAGCUGACAUCGACGACUCGUCUCGUUCGGUCAGACUUUGAGGACGCGCUGUGGUCCUGGGAGAUGACUCGAUCGAGUCAAUUCGAUAACGACUGCGCUCUUCAGCCCGUUUCCGAUCCUCUCCAGGCGUUCCUGGACUCCCUUACGUGCACGAUCCCCGACGCCCCCAGUACGAACGACCUUCCGACAAACGAUUCUCUGAGUUUUCCGUGGAAGACUGAGGAUUCAGUCGAUUAUCCCGCUCCAGACUACUCGGACUGGGAUCCGUUGACGUGGAUGAGUCAGAGCAACGCCGCAGGUCUAUGAUCUGGAUUCAUUCUGACGACCGAUUACGACUUACUUUAUCCUUUUACUCUCCAUUACGCACGCCAUAAUCUAUUUACAUCCCGUCCCUACAUAAUGAUUCUGUAGACACCCACCAUCACAGUACCAAUGAAUCCGCGUAGCACUCGACCACGCGGCCCGGGCCAGGCCCGGCGUUCCGCUCAAGGUAAGACGCUUGCUGUUUGCGGAAGUCGGUGAUCUCACCAUCCGAGCCCAAGACCAGGUAGUACAUGAGUACAGACGUACGUAUACUAGGACCAUGGACAUCAGCAAGCCAGUCAGUCCCAGUCUACAUACAGCUCUCUCAUCUCGUGACACGCAACCGAGUCGUCAAAUCCUUCCACGGGCGGCGUCAGGAAUCUGACGUUCGGCGCCUCCCCCGGACGCAGAUCGAAGUCCCAGUCGUCUUGGAGCGACACGCCCACAGGCAGCGCGGCCAUGUCGCAUAUCGGUGGCGCGCCGUCGACCGGGAGGGUGCAUGUGUGCCGCGGGAGGGGCUUCGGCGAGUGGACGUGCAAGAUGAUGCGGUGCGUGAGCGGGUGUGCGUCCCGCGGGACCACUGCGUGGUGGUCAGUAUAUGCGCAGGGACAGGAAGAGAGGGGACGGAGCGCACCCCGGUCAGCCAGCCGGGAGUGGAUUUUAGUUUCUGUCGGCGGGAUGAGCGGCCAUUUGGACGCCCCUGCGCUGUCGUGUGAGCAAUCAGAGCUUGCGCUGGACCCAUCCCCCGAAUCCCCCAUGGACGGUGACGAAGAGGUUGCAGACGACCAGGACGCCCGUUUCAAGGACGAUUUUCGGCGCGCGGAUGGUUGGCCGGGGAGACAAUCCCAAGCCUCGCCUGCGGCUUUGACCCUCGGCGGGUGGGUGGACGAGCAUGAUGCCCGGCGCCCUGUUGGGAGUGGGAGCUUGAACGUAUCGAAGGGGAGCGAGAAGCGGCGUGCAGACAUGUGUGCUCGGAUGAGAGACUUUCACAGUAGCAGUAUCUGGUCUAUAUUAAAUGCGAGAUCAAGACAAUGCUGCUUGUGUCAACCACUUUCCGUUCCGCGCUCUCUCCUAUUUCGGGUCUCACAAACUGGCCGUGGUGAGGCCGUCUCCGCGGCCCAGGAACCAAGUUCAG